AUGAAGUUUUCACAUUCGCUCAAGUUCAACGCAGUUCCGGAAUGGCAGGACAACUAUGUCAAUUAUCCGGCGCUCAAAAAAGUCAUCUACAAGUUGCAGCAAGACCAGUUGCAGGUCGCUAACGCUCCCAAAGACGGCUCGGUUCCAGUAGACAACGUUAACAGAACAACCGUUUCCGACUUGGUAGAGACCUACAAGUUCAAGAAAAAUGAAAAACAGCCUACAAGCUCAUCUCGCUUCAAGAAAAAAUUUAUCAACCGCUUCAAGAAGAGUUCGCCUGCUAUUCCUGAAAAUGCCUCGGUUUCUGGCUCCACUACUACUGACUUGGAGAAGGCCGUCGGGUCAAUGUCUUCUGCUACUGAGAUGAUAGAGGACAACUCCAAGAAAUCUUCUACUGAAGCUUUCACAGUAGAAGUCGACAAUUCGACUAUAGUUUCCUUCACUUCGCAAGUGCAUGCGCAAUCGCCUGCAGCCUCGGAAAACGACUACUCUAGUCCGGCCACCACCGCUUUUGACCCUUUGAAGGUGUUUUCCAAGCAGUUAUUGAUCCAGUUGCUGAAGAUCAACGAGUUCUACCAGACAAAGGAACAGCAAGUGUUCACUGGCUACGACAACUUGAUCAAAGACUUGGAAGCAAACAACGUCAAUAUUGACGAGGUUUUCAAGUUCACCCAGGCUUAUCACUACGAAAACCCUGAAAUUGUUAAUGCUGAUGACCACCACCAGUACCACAUCAAGUCGACUCUCACCAGAGUCACAACAAACGCCUCUGUUUUUGACCACAUCAACCAUUUGGGCAACGAUUACGAUGCUGAUCACCACGGAGACUUGGAAAAACAAUCUCAUAUUCACAUUGAUGAAGACGAAGACGAUGAUGAUGACGACGAUGAUGACGAUGAAGACAACCACAGCGAAGAUUCCGUCUUGUUGUCUCACACAGACUUCAAUGUCAAGCAACAGAAGAAGAUUACGUUGAAGAAGAAGUCCAUCACUCUCUUCAUCAACCUCUCGGAAUUGAAGUCGUUCAUCGAGUUGAAUAGAGUAGGCUUCACCAAAAUCUGUAAGAAGUUCGACAAAACUUGUAACUACUCCAUCAAAGACGACUUCAUCCAGAACUACUUGCCCAACAAUUCCCGUGUCUUCUACCCAGAAACUAUUGAAGACUUGGACUACAAAUUGAAUCAGAUUGUCAAGAUUUACGCUUACCUCUCCAACAGAUUGACUCCCAGAGCCACGAAGGAAGACUUGGAAAGUGUGAAGAACGACUUGAGAUCCCAUUUGCGUGAUCACAUCGUUUGGGAACGUAACACCGUCUGGAAGGAUUUGUUAUCGUUGGAAAAGAAGUCCUACAACUUGGACCUCAAUGUAGACUCCAACCAGGCCAAGAUGGGCGAUGAAGGUUUGCAGAACUCACUCUUGAACAUGAAACUUACCACGAUCAACUUGCCCUUCUCGUUGUUCGGCUAUAGCCAUGUCAAAGUCCCUUCAUUCUUCUUCACCACCCAAAUGAUCAAGUUGCUGAUCAUAAUCAUAGUUUUUAUUGUCUUAUUGACAGUUAAAACCUUCAACGAUCCUGUUCAAGCUCGUUGUUUGGCUCUUUUGGUCGCUGCUGCUAUGCUCUGGGCUUCUGAAGCUUUACCAUUGUUCACCACUGCUCUUCUCAUUCCAUUGUUAGUUGUCACCAUGAAGGUUUGUAAAGUUGAUGGCUCUGACGAACCUAUGGAUGGUGUAACUGCUUCGCAGUACAUCUUGUCAACCAUGUGGAACUCUACUAUCAUGAUCUUAAUCGGUGGUUUUACUUUGGCUGCUGCAUUAUCUAAGUACAACAUAGCCAAGGUCUUGUCUUCUUACAUCUUAGCUUUUGCUGGUACCAAGCCUCGUAACGUUUUGAUUUCCAUCAUGUCCGUAGCCUUGUUCUUGUCGAUGUGGAUUUCCAACGUCGCUGCCCCAGUCUUGUGUUUCUCGUUAAUUCAACCGGUCUUGAGAAGUGUCCCUACAGACUCUCCAGUGGCUCAGGUUAUGGUUUUGGGUAUUGCUUUGGCUGCUAAUGUUGCUGGUAUGUCUUCUCCAAUUUCAUCUCCUCAAAACGUUGUUGCUCUUCAGUAUAUGGACCCAAAUCCAGGUUGGGGAAAGUGGUUUGCAGUUUCUAUUCCAGUAUCCAUACUUUCCUUGAUAGGUAUCUGGUUGAUGUUGAUCUUCACUUUCAAGAUCAACAAUAUUAAAUUAAAGGCCUACAAGCCAAUCAGAGAAAAGUUCACCACCAAGCAAUACUUUGUUAGUAUUGUCACCAUUCUCACCAUCUUAUUAUGGUGUGUCAUGACUAAGAUUUCGGGCACUUUCGGUGAAGCUGGUCAAAUCUCAUUCAUUCCAAUCGUCUUAUUCUUUGGUACUGGUUUGUUGAAGACUGAUGAUAUCAACAACUACCCAUGGUCCAUUGUUCUUUUGGCUAUGGGUGGUAUUGCCUUAGGUAAAGCUGUCAGCUCUUCUGGAUUAUUAGGUACCAUCGCUAUGGCCUUACAGAAGAAAAUCAUGCACUUUGAUGUCUUUGUCAUUCUUAUCAUCUUCGGUAUCUUGAUGUUGGUCAUUGCUACUUUUGUCUCUCACACUGUUGCUGCUUUGAUCAUUUUGCCAUUGGUCAAGGAAGUCGGCGAUGCCUUGCCUCAUCCUCAUCCUUUGAUCUUGGUCAUGGGUACUGCUAUGAUUGCUUCCUCGGCAAUGGGAUUGCCAACAUCAGGUUUCCCUAAUGUCACAGCGAUCAGUAUGCGAGACGAAGUAGGAAAGAACUACUUAACCGUCAACACAUUUAUCACCAGAGGUGUUCCAGCAUCUAUAAUUGCAUACAUUAUCGUUAUUACCGUUGGUUACGGUAUCAUGUCUGCCAUUAAAUUCUAAAAGGACGUUUUAUUUUGUUGUUUUUUUGUUUUUUUCAUUCAUUGCAUUAGGUUGGUUUUUGUUAAAUGUUCAUCACACUAUAGAAUUUUGGUUUCAACCUCCAAAAGUUUCCCAUUUCUUGUUUUAUUCUACGAAGUUUGUACUAAAAUAAAUGUUUAAUUACUAU